UACGGCAGCAAGCUUCCUCCCAAAGAACAGGCGACGCAGUUCAUGGCAGUCGAGGCGUGCCUGUCUGCCGGGGUCCCUCUCAACGCCCUCGAGAAUUCACUGAUGAAGGAUUUCCUACACCACUUGGGGGCGAGGCUGCCGGGAGCACGGCACCUUGCCAACUACAUCCCUUUCAUCGAGAAAAAGGAGAAGCAGCGGAUUCUCGACGAGGUUGGGGACUCCCGGUAUGCGAUCACAUUCGACGAGACGCCGUACCGCGCUGCGUGCUUCGGGAUUGGUAUCCGUUUCGUCAACAAGGAAGGACAGAUCACCCAGCGAGUGCUUAACUUGAGCAUGCUGAGCAAGUCCAUGGACUUCAAGGCCAUCCACGGCGAAGUCAUGAAGAUCACGGUGGACGAGUACAAAAUAGACCGCAGCAAGUGCGUCGGUUUCAUGCUCGACGGAUGCGGCGCCAACAUGAAGGCCCUGGACACGCUGCUGCUGAACUUCCCGAACGCUGUCGGCGUUCGGUGCUUCUCCCACCUCCUCAACAACUGUGGCAACGAGCUGAGCUCGGAGGAGACCGACAAAUUCGCUGGCCACUUGCACGUACUCCUGGCCCAUAGCCACAACGCUAGAGACUUGUGGUUGCAGGAGACGAAGGUGUCGCCUCCGAAACCCGUUUCUCACCGCUGGAGCUCGCGUUACGUGCGGAACAACGCCUUGGUGCUGAACUGGCAGCAGAUGAAGACCUUCGUCGACAAGUUCACCUCGACCGAAGAGUCCAGGUCCAAGUCGGCCGCUGCGAUGAGGGAGGAGCUCGGGCGUGUUCGGCCGGAUGGUGUCCACCAGGAGCUCAUCUUGCAGCUGGGAUUCGCGGUAACUGUGGACGUCGGGAUCCACCUGGUCCGUGCCACCCAUCUACUCGAGGGAGACGGAUUCCUGCUACCUGAGGCGUACGAUGCCAUCGUGAGUGUGCGCAAAGGUCUGGCCCUGACCUUGGACAGCAACGUCCCUCCGCGGUUUGAGGACAAGGUGAACAUGCCUAACGUGAACGCGCUCGUGAGGGAGUACUCCAACAGCGUGAACGCCAACGAGUCGGUCAAGAAGUGGCUGAGGGAGAAGGCACUCUUCGACAUGCAUGCCGUCCGGCAGUACGUGUUUGACAGGAUCGGGGACCACCCAGAAGCCAAGGAACGCAAUGCUAUUCGGGUCUUCAAGGCCGCGAGAAUCCUGAACUUUAGGGUCGUGACGGGGCACGGAGUGGAGGAGUCGGACGUACACGUCCUAGCAGAAGUAUUUCCGUUCGUGACAACGGCCAUGGUCCAUGAGCUCGUAGUAGAAAAGGAUCUCUACAGCACCGCGGCGGCUGGCACGGACUCGGGGUGUGAUUUGUGGGCUUUCUGGCAUGACAACAGGCCUGAACUCCCUGCUUGGUACAAUGUAGCCAAGGACGUAGCUUUGAUCCAACCCUCUUCCGCUUUCAUGGAACGGGUGUUUUCUCUGCUUCGUGCUUGCAUGGACGAGCGGCAGGAGCAGUGCCUCAGCGACCGGAUUACGGCAUCAACCCUUCUCAAGUACAACAGGGCUUCCAGUGCUAGAAGCUAGAAGGCAUUCUUUCAUCGUUGCUAAAAGUGCUG